CGCGCCCUCUCUCUCCCUCUCCUCCCGUGCCUGUCUCUCGGCGAGAAGCCUUCCUUCCGUGAGCUGCGUGCCUGCCCGUGUGGGCUCCAGGAAAGGCAGCGAAUGCCCCCGACUAGUCAUUCCACCCAGGUACCAUCUUCCUAAUAUUAUCUCAAAUAUGGUAUUGAUAUACGCACCAACCCAGUAGCAACGAAUAUUCUCUGCCAUCCUACAGCCUCUAAGCACUUGCCUAAUUGCCAACAAACUUAAGAAAAAACUUCUGGGCCAUGUGAUUUGAGCAUGAAUUCAAAGACUGUGAGCGACCUCUGACAGGAACAAUUCAGUGUAGUGAUAUAUGGAUUGUAUUGCCAAUAACUGGAUGUAAGAGUUUUUUACUGGGAACAGCAAACUAAAGAGUUUCCAAGUUUGCGAGAAAGACUUCUGAUAUUUUCCCAUUGUUAAAAGCGUGAUGUUCUUCUGAUGGCAGCACAAGUGAACACUUUUUGGACGUGACAUCAAAAUAUUUGCUUCAACCCAAAGGGAAUCCAGCCUCCCACUAUAGCAGCUGUGCCUUUUGACACCUAAAGCAGAAUGUGAAAACAUUUGUCUCAUCAGACAGUCUAGCCAAGGUCCAUGAAGUAGCAAGCUGGCUUUUGGAAAUGAAUCAGGAACUGCUGUCUGUGGGCAGCAAGAGACGACGGACUGGCGGUUCUGUACGAGGUAAUGCUUCGUCCAGCCAAGCAGAUGAGGAACAAAUGAACAGAGUAGUAGAAGAGGAGGAACAACAGCAAGUGGAGCUAAAUGGGGAGAUCGAUGAGGAUGCCCCUGGAAGCCUCGAAAGGAACGAGACCCAUCAGGAACAUUUGGAAGAAAACAAUAACAGCUGUACUAUAGCAGAUCAAGAAUCUGCGGAUCAGCCUGGGGAUCAUGAGCAUUCUCAGCAGGACGAAGAUGAGGACGAGGAUCAGGCCUGUGAUGCCGAAGACGAAGAUGAAGAGGAAAUGGACCAGGACAGUGAUGACUUUGAACAAUCUGAUGAUAGUAGCCGAGAAGAGGAACAUCGAAAUGGCAAUGACAUUCCCAAUUCUAAUAGUAUGGUGGGCAUGCCAAUAAACCAGCAAUCUAUCCCUUUCAACUCAAAAGGCAAGAUGAAGAGAAAGUUGGAUCAUGGAUCCGAGGUCCGCUCUUUCUCUUUGGGAAAGAAACCCUGCAAAGGCUCAGAGUACACAAGUACGACAGGGCUUGUGCCAUGUUCAGCAACACCUACUACGUUUGGGGACCUAAGAGCGGCAAAUGGGCAAGGUCAGCAAAGACGUCGUAUUACAUCAGUGCAGCCACCAACAGGCCUCCAGGAGUGGCUUAAAAUGUUCCAGAGCUGGAGUGGACCAGAAAAGCUCCUGGCUUUAGAUGAACUUAUCGACAUUUGUGAGCCAACCCAAGUAAAGCAUAUGAUGCAGGUCAUCGAACCCCAGUUUCAGCGGGAUUUUAUAUCCUUAUUGCCCAAAGAGUUGGCGUUGUACGUACUUUCGUUCCUAGAUCCCAAGGAUCUUCUGCAGGCAGCACAGACCUGUAGAUACUGGAGAAUCCUGGCAGAAGACAACCUUCUCUGGAGAGAGAAAUGCAAAGAAGAUGGGAUCGACGAGCCCUUGCACCUAAAGAAAAGGAAAAUUUCAAAGCCAGGCUUCACACACAGUCCGUGGAAAAGUGCUUACAUUAGGCAGCACCGAAUUGACACCAACUGGCGGCGAGGCGAAUUAAAAUCUCCAAAGGUGCUGAAAGGUCACGAUGAUCAUGUCAUUACCUGUUUGCAGUUUUGUGGUAACAGAAUAGUUAGUGGUUCCGAUGACAACACGUUGAAAGUCUGGUCAGCAGUAACUGGAAAGUGUCUGAGAACACUUGUUGGGCACACGGGUGGUGUCUGGUCGUCGCAAAUGAGAGACAACAUCAUUAUUAGCGGUUCUACAGAUCGGACAUUGAAAGUAUGGAAUGCUGAGACCGGGGAAUGUAUACACACUCUAUAUGGCCAUACCUCCACUGUGCGAUGUAUGCAUCUCCAUGAGAAAAGGGUUGUGAGCGGUUCACGAGAUGCCACCCUUCGAGUAUGGGAUAUUGAGACUGGCCAGUGCUUGCAUGUUCUGAUGGGGCAUGUUGCAGCGGUCCGAUGUGUUCAGUAUGAUGGCCGAAGGGUUGUCAGUGGAGCUUAUGACUUCAUGGUGAAAGUUUGGGAUCCCGAGACAGAGACCUGUUUACACACACUUCAAGGCCACACUAACAGAGUCUAUUCCUUACAGUUUGACGGCAUUCAUGUAGUAAGUGGUUCCCUGGAUACCUCAAUAAGGGUUUGGGAUGUGGAGACUGGGAAUUGUAUCCACACACUGACCGGACAUCAAUCCUUAACUAGCGGAAUGGAGCUGAAGGAUAACAUUUUAGUCUCGGGAAACGCAGAUUCUACUGUUAAAAUAUGGGACAUAAAAACAGGACAGUGUUUACAGACAUUGCAAGGUCCCAACAAACAUCAAAGUGCUGUGACUUGUUUACAGUUCAACAAGAAUUUUGUAAUCACCAGCUCUGACGAUGGGACUGUAAAAUUGUGGGACUUGAAAACGGGUGAAUUUAUUCGGAAUCUGGUCACGUUGGAAAGUGGCGGAAGCGGAGGUGUUGUAUGGAGAAUCCGAGCCUCCAACACAAAACUUGUCUGCGCUGUGGGAAGCAGAAAUGGGACAGAGGAAACAAAACUGCUGGUGCUGGACUUUGAUGUGGACAUGAAGUGAAGGCUGGGGAGACAAAGUUGUCCAUAUUUUUAGACUGCUUAUCCUCCUUUUUUCUGCCACCCCUUUCCUCCCCAGUUCUUCCCCUCCAAAAACAUCAGUUGGCCUUGGUGAAACAGGAUUCGGGCUUGGGGCAACAGAUCACAAAGACCUACAGAUCGUGGAUGUGAAGGCAUGAUAUCUUGUCACGAAAAAAAUAGACUUCCUUGCAGGGUUCCUUUUUCUUUUGCAAAAAGGAGGAAGUAAAUUAAAACCGGGUGAAAUUAUUUUUUGAUUUCUCUCAAACUGAUCUUACGGCAGCACCGGCGGUUGUUUUGGUGGACUGUCAUUAAUGCCAGAAAAACCUAUGUCACAAAGCUACAGAUAUUCACAAAACACAAACAAAUGCUGGUUGACUUUAAAAGAGAGCAUUUGAAACAAAGUCAUUUUCUGGUUUUAGAAAUGCUGAAAAAAAAUAACUGUGAAUUGUUUUUGUACAGUUUUAUCAAUUUUUGCCGACUUUUGCCAAUGUCAAUCAAUCACAGUAUUAGCCUCUGUUAUUUUACUGUUGCUUCCAUCUACACUCUUCAAUGCAUAUGUUGCCCUGGGCUGGCAAGCUAGUCCUCACGUUCUCAGAUGGAUGGAAAUCUCGAUGCUGGUGCUAGCAGUAGGUCUUUACAAAUGGGAUUGUUGUCCCACAGCUGUACUGUAUUCCCAGUGGCCAAACAUAUUUAUGCUGCUAACUGAAAGGAGAAAAAAAAAGCAAAAUUUCUUUUUUUUUUUUAUUAUUAUUAUUUUACUGCUGUGACGUUUUAGUCCCAGACUGAAUUCCAAAUUCGUUCUAGUUUGGAUAUGGAAAUAGAUUUUUUUUUCUUUUUGCCACUGAAAUUUGAACCCUCAGUGCCUCUAAGAGGCCGUAACUGGGACAAUUUCAGACAAUUAAGAGUGAAGUUUGCCUGCAAAUUAAAAAAAAAAAACAAAAACAAAAAAACAAAACUUUUGAGAGUGUGCAAAGCUUUUUUUUUUAUUUUAUAUAUAUUUUUUUUUUUUUUUAGCAAAAAUGUAAAAAACAUUCCUUAGAACAAAGCUGUUAUAGCCUGUUCUGUUGGGAUAUUUUUUUAUUUUUUGGAGGGCUGUGGUGAAUGUAAUUUCCGUAACACAACUGACAAGAUGUUUAAGAAAAAAAAGUACAAAACACGAAAUAUCUGAAACCAAUGUUGCUGGAUAGCCUUGAUAAUGACAGUAUUUGGGUGGAAAAACAACUGUUACAGUUUUCUAUAAAGGCAAUGCACAGGCCAAAAGGCUUUUGCUGCGCAAGCUUCACGUGCAAAUAAACAAUACCAUACAAUUGUCCGAUAAUUUGCCUCAUUUUCCAAGAGUCACAACUCAUGCUGAACUGUGAAAGUGGUUUAACACUGUAUCUAGGCAAUCUUUUUUUUUUUUUUUUCCUUUUUUUUUUCCUCCUCAUCCUGUAUUUUUAUUAUUUAUAGUCUGGUUUUAAAACAAUCAGAUUCCAUUUGGUUCAUUUACAGUUCUGUAACAACCUGACAUAAUGGAGGAAACAAUGUUUAAAGGGAUUGUGUCUAUGGUUUGAUUCACUUAGAAAUUUUAUUUUCUUAUAACUUAAGUGCAAUAAAAUGUGUUUUUUCAUGUUAA